UUGACCAAUUUUCCACGUUCUCCGUCUUUGUCACUUCAUUAUCCCCCUAGCCCGUACGAUAAAUAAAUCUUCUUCGUCCGUUUCAGCUCGACUCAACUUCUCACCGGUUAUGUGCGUACGUUACGAAUCUGUGCACCCGCUUGCCCCUUCCCUCCCCCUCCUCCUCCUCUUCUUAUUCUUUAGCUCAAUGUUGCUUCUGAUUGUUGUCAGUAGACGCCUCAGCGUUCUUUGAUCUCAACUGAAUCGAGGCUUCCAUUUGGAUUUUUUGAUAGGUUAGGUUCGCACUGUUUGCAUUGUAAUGGGUGGAGAGAGUGUGACUGAAUCGUGGUUUGGUAGUUUGAGGUGGAUUUCAAGGAAGGGUGGAUCAGACAAUGACAAGGGGGUGAUCGAAAUUUUAGCGUUUGAAGUUGCUAGCUUGAUGCUAAAGGUGGUUAAUUUGUGGCAAAGUUUGGGUGAUAAGGAGCUUCAUAGGUUGAGGGAAGAGGUUGCGAGCUCAAUUGGGCUUAAGAAGCUCGUUUCUGAUGAUGAUGAUUACUUGAUGGAACUUGCCUUGAAUGAGACAGUUGAGAAUUUCGUAUUCGUGGCAAGGUCUGUGGCCAGGCUUGGGAAGAGGUGCAGAGAUCCCAUGUAUCACCGUUUCGAGCAAUUUGUUAAUGACCCUAUUCAGAAUGGAUUUCAAUGGGUUGGUUUGGAAUACAAAUGGAAGAAGAUGGAGAGAAAAGUGAAGAAGAUGGAGAAAUUCAUUGCCUCUAUGACACAAUUGUCACAAGAACUGGAAGUACUGGUGGAGCUUGAACAAACUCUUAGGAGAAUGCAGAAUGCUGAGUUAAAUCGGGUAAAGGCGCUUGAUUUUCAGCAGAAGGUGAUCCGUCAGCGUCACGAAGUGAGAAAUCUGAGAGAGAUGUCUCCAUGGAAUAGAACUUAUGAUUACAUUGUCCGGCUUCUGAUGCGUUCACUUUUUACGAUACUAGAGAGGAUAAAACAUGCACUUGGAACAUAUCAAGUGCCUUCUGUAGAGGCAAAUGUCAAUUCUCAGCUUGUGAAUAUUGAGUGUUUUCCUCGCAGCCAUUCCUUCUCUGCUAUUAUGUACUCUUCCAUUUAUCCAUCUGAGAAUAAUCUCGGUGGGUUCUAUUCAGGUCGUAUUGAAAGGUCAAUUUCAAAGCCAGGAAAUAUUGACAAGAGCAGUAGAAAGGAAAAGCAGCAACAGGAUUGUCCUCGGCCAUCAACAAUAUAUGGAAACCACCCGAAUUUGGAAACCAAUCCGUUUGCUCAUGCCGGACCUUUCAAAGCGUGCAUGCCUGGUGGAAGUGAAUCUCCCAUUGUACCAAGCUCCAAGCCAACUGGUGGUGGUUCUAUGAGGUUGAGUAGUGUUCAGCUGAAAAAUAUUGAUGAAGACAGUAAAACCAACAUGAAAUCUUUUUCUCGCAGCAACAGGGUCUAUUCUAAAUUGUCCUUCUUCAACUCUAAGUGUAGGUCAUGGACUGCACCUCCAUCUACUCUUGGCAGUGCCGCUUUAGCUCUUCAUUAUGCAAACGUGAUUAUAUUGAUUGAGAGACUAGCUUCAGCACCUCACUUAAUGGACCUUGACACAAGAGAUGACCUGUACAACAGGUUACCCUCAACCAUAAGAAGUGCUCUGAGGGCUAGGCUAAAAUCGUAUGUCAAAACCACGACCUCAUCUGAGCACAAUGCUGCCCUUGCAGCAGAGUGGAGUCUCGCGCUUGGGCAUAUAUUUGAUUGGCUGGUUCCACUUGCUCAUAACAUGACAAGGUGGCAUUCUGAGCGGAAUUUUGAGAAGCAUUAUGGCUUUUCUAGAACAAAUGUGUUACUGGUCCAAACGCUUCACUUUGCAAAUCAAGCUAAAACUGAAGCUGCAAUUACCGAGCUUCUUGUAGGUCUGAACUAUAUAUGUAGGAUUGGCAUAGAACAUCAGAGGAAACAUAUGCAGGAGCCUGCUGGCAGGAGACCUUGUUAUGAUUAUACGUUCAUAAGGGAUGACAUUGCUUACGAUGUUUAAUAACUACAGAGAUUUCUUGUAGGUGUCAUAAAAUGUACAUGAUCAAUCUAGAGACAUGUCCCGUUCAUAUGGAAUGGGGUAAUAGACAAGACUUUCAGGAGAUUACUUUUUAUUUUUUCAUAAAAAGACAGUGCAUUUCUUCCAUGUUGAGGUCUCAUUCUCAGCUUCCAUUUUAAUUUUUUUGUUUUCUGUUUGUUGGAGCUGGCUUUGCUAAUUGAGUCGUUCUAUAGAUUCAUUUACUUAAUGAUAUGGUGGAUGAAUUUCACUUCCAUGUAAAGUAUAGUUUGUAUUGUAACAAGAAGCUCACGUGGUCUCAUGGAAUGCAUGGUAAAUCACUCUUUUAAUGCUUGGAAUGUCUACGUAACAUCUGUUGAACAGUAGGAGAGCUUUCUACUGCAUGGUAACUCAAAAGUACUGUUUAAUUUAUUUCUCUGCCUGGUAUCCAUCACAUUCCUCUCUUUUUCUUACUUCCUUCGCAUAUUGAGUGUUGCCUCUCUUCACUUUAAUUUUGAUGUGGCUACACAGCAACGGAUAUUUAACUUUUAACAUUUUGAAUGUCUUUGAUCUACACUUUAAUUUUGAAUGGUAGGAGAGCUUUCUACUGCAUGGUUACUCAAAAGUACUGUCGUGCUUAUUUCUUUUCGUGGUCUCACAUCACCACCCUCUCUUUUUACCGUACAUCAUUUAGUUUGUUGCCUUGCUUCACUUUAAUUUUGAUGUGGCUGCGCAGCUUUCAUUGCAUGACAUGCUGUUCGUGGACACAACUUCAGCUUUUGAAGCCAAAGGUCAACUCAAAGUGCUGCCUUAAAGCUCCCAGGUCUGAUCCUGACCCUUUCCAAAUGGUGAUGUCUACAUGAACUAGGGUGUUUCUGGGUAUUUAAUUUCCAAUGAAGUUGGAGUCGUGUGAUGCUUUCUGUGGAAGCAGCAUUAAUGGAAGAGCAGGAUGCAACUGUGUGGAUUCUUUGCCAAAUGGCUUUUUUCCUCCUACAGUAACAGAUGGAGGGUGAGGCGGUGGGGUCAAAGAUGUGUUGGACGUGUGUCUUACGAAUCAAAAAUAGAAAAAGGAUUUAAAAAAACUAACUUUUUUCACCACUACCUGCUAAUAUGGCAGCUCAUCAUGUAUGUCACUGUGUCUAUAAUCACUGUUUGGUUUAACAAUUUCAUUAAGCUCUUCGGUAGCAUUUCUC